GUUUGUGAAAAACAAAUUGCAUGAUGUACAAAAAAGACAAGAAGAGAAAAGGUUUAACGAAAGAAUGGAUAGUGGCAUUUAUCACAAGCAAUGGUGCUAAUACAAAGAUACCUCACAUAGUUAAGGUGUUGAAGCAUCUACAAGGACCAAAGAAAGAUGGAAGCUUGGAACGUCAAAUAUCUGACGGAAGUGUGUUUGUCAAAGCUACCUUCACUUCCAAUUCCACAGCAAAAUUUUAUCAAGACCAGGAUGAGUCAAGCCCACCAGAAUGGGACCGAGCUAUUCUUCUACUAAAGCAGUACCAACUGAAUUUUGAUCCACAUCAUCAGCAGGAUCAGUGUGAGUUUUCAAUUCUUGUUGAAGAGUUUAUGCUCUGGUCUGCACACCAUGCGUUUGACAGGAAAAAUAAAAUCCAGAAUUGUAUGGAUGAUCCAAAAGUCCAGUCUUGUGCCAGUGCUGCAUGGAAUGCUUGGAGAGAAAAGGGAAGGAAGGAUACCGGGCCCGACAUGUCCAUGAACAGUGUGUUGUCAUUAUCUCAGCUUCUGGAGGAGAUGGCCAAUCAGUCCGGGGCUGUAGCAGAGUCUUCUCUUCAUCGCGGUGAAACUGAGCCAUCCACAUCCAUUCUUCCUGAAUCUCGGAUUGCUGCCUUCAUAGAGAGCAGUUUUUGUGUAGAGGAUUGUAUAAUACCUGACCAUGAAAUGGCUAUUCUUAAUUCCAUUGAAGAAUGGAAGGACAACUACAGACCACUCCCACCAACCCAGUCAACAGAAAGUACGUCACAGUCUCCCGCCGAGCUGUUCCCUGGACCGACACUUGUUGAUGUUCCUAGAUGUGUGCGGCACUCUUCAAUACCAGGCGCAGCAGAGAAAAUAGUUAUCACUGUGGACGUACAUCGUUUAGAUGAAACUAGUGACCCAGAGAGUGGUGCUAAUACACAGCAGUCCUCCAUCUGGACCCAAGGAGAUGACGAGGAAUCGAUUCACUUCACUUGCUCUAUGUCUCCAGACCCAUCUCCAACAGUGACGACUGGCUCUUCAAGUGCUGCUAAUAAUGCUACAAAUGCCGUUGUCAUGAAGGAAGUUGUUACAGAUGAUGUCUGUUGGAGGAAAGAUCAUUCUGGAGUUUCUCGAGCAGCUACGGACUCUGAUACAUCUUCUAGAACACCAACUAAAGCUAAGGAUUCUCAGUUGCAGUCUGAUCCAAAGUUUAAACAAUGUGUGAUAUCUUCUUUUGAAGAUUCUCUAGUAUUGUCUUCGACAGAAUCUGAAUCUCGUGUAAAGAAUUCAGUAUCGGAUACGUAUGAUGUAAUUGAUUUGACAACCGAUUCACAGCCUGAUUCUCAGAAUUCUCAAAAUGUCGGUCUGACAAUCGAUUCCUGCCAAGUAUCUAAAAGUGUUCAUGUGACAACCAUUUCACAGCCAUCUAAGACUGUUAAUUUGAUAACCAAUUCACAACCAUGUAAAAAUGUCAGUUUGACAACUCUUUCUCGGCCAGUUGACUUGACUGUUGAAACGCAUCCAUCUCAGUCACAUGUACCGCGGGAUACUCAGCCAUUUGAACCCCAGUUUACUGAACCGUCUACUGAACCUUUCGUACCUCAGUUUUCUGAGUCACAUGAAUCCCAGUCCACUCAUCCAUUUGUACCCCAGUUUAGUGAGACAAGUGAAAUGCAGGGUACUAAUCCAUUCACACCUCACGUGGACUGGUCAGACUGUGGGUUGAUUCCGGCCAGUGAGAAAGCGAACACAACACAGACUUCUCAUCCUUUUGCCCAGUAUUGUGUUUCACAAAACAUGGACUCAGAAAACAGUUCAUCACUCGAGAUCUGUAGUCUGUCCCUUCUGUCCAACAAACAUAAACGCACUGCAUCCUGUGAAUCCACGCAGAAGGAAGACAAUCAUGUGAGACCAAAUUUCCAGUUGUCUCCCAUUAAGUCUCUGAACGGUUGUGGUGAGGAUGAAAGUUUUAUUGCAAAGAAAAGAUCUCGAAGAGGUGUAGAUUCUGAUUUAGAAGUGUUGUCAGAUGAUGUUGCCAUAGUAACGGAAAGUAUCGUGGAAGCAGACAGGGAAGAGAACCGACGACUGUCCCUGCUAGCUGCCACUGACAAUGUCAUGAGUUCUGGGUCUCACAGUGUAGUUGCUGAAUCGGAUAAUCUCCAAUCUAGAAAUAAUUGUGGAAAUGUGUUGGAGGCCUGCAGGCAGGUGAAAUCUGGAAACACUACUCUCACACAACAACAGAAAAAGCGUUUUAAGAUCCUAAAAAGAAAAUGGGGUGAUUUGAAUGAUAAAGCCACUGAAGAAGAUUUGAGUGACCAUGAAUGCCAAAGAAACAUAAACAUUGUUGCAUAUAACCUCGACAAUUUUCAGUUGAAUAAAGACACUAUUAAGAGAAAACGACAGCAAUCAGCAAGUGCUUUGCAUAGCGUAACCAAAACAAAGGAACCUUCCAAAAAUGUUAGAAGUAAAACAGGAAAAAAUUCAUCAAUUCUGAGUCAAAAAGCACAAAAUACAAGAGAGAUUGAAAAAGAUUGUGAAUCUCCUGACACUAGCAGACAGAGACAAAAAGCAAGAAUUGCGGAAGCUCUUCAGAAAAGUAUUGAAGUGGCAAUGACAUAUAGGUCAGUGAAACCAGUGAUUUCUCAUGAGGACUAUUUAGCGAAGUUAGCUCGGCAGAGAAGGAUGAAAUCGUUUCAAUCACAGCAACAGCGUUUAAGAGGAUGCUUGGAUGAUGAUCUGUCUCGUUCAGAUUCACAAGAUAACAUUAGAUCACAGAACAGUGUGGAGAAGAUUGUCUUGUCACAGGUGGUACCAGAAAUUGAUAUUACCUGUACUGAGUCAAACCUGUCACAGUUCAGACUGUCACAGUCGUCACUGAUGAAGAUAAAGAAACUAUUUAAAAAAACAGAUACAUAAUUUCUUAAUUACUUUUUUCAGAUAGGUGAACGGAACAAAGGUGAUUUUUGUGGUAACAGAUAAUCUGUAAAAUUCAUGAACACUUGUUAAAAACAGACUUAAAACAUCUCCAAAAUAAUGUGAUUUGUGUGAUGGCAGAUAAAACUCAUAAACAAUUGUCCAAAACAGACUUAAAACAUCACCAAAGUUCAAGGUUAUUUAAACGUUGUCUUCCUGGUAAUGUCCUGGUAAUUUAUUGUUAUUCUUAUAUCUAGUGCUUCUCUUUUCUUCUCUUUUUGUGUGUCGUACACAACAGUUGAUAUCCCUUUUUGUGUGUUGUACACAACAGUUGAUAUCCCUUUUUGUGUGUUGUACACAACAGUUGAUAUCCCUUUUUGUGUGUAGUACACAACAGUUGAUAUCCCUUUUUGUGUGUAGUACACAACAGUUGAUAUCCCUUUUUGUGUGUCGUACACAACAGUUGAUAUCCCUUUUUGUGUGUCGUACACAACAGUUGAUAUCCCUUUUUGUGUGUCGUACACAACAGUUGAUAUCCCUUUUUGUGUGUUGUACACAACAGUUGAUAUCCCUUUUUGUGUGUCGUACACAACAGUUGAUAUCCCUUUUUGUGUGUCGUACAUAACAGUUGAUAUCCCUUUUUGUGGUGUGGUGAAAAUAAACUUCUGGGAAUCCUCAAUAACAUGUCUACAGCCACAGAUAAAUUCAUCGGACAUAAAACGUGAAAACUUGUGGCCGUUAGAUCACUGAUGCUAAGAAGUUUAAAGUUUUUUUUUUUUUUAACAACAUCACUGGAGCACAUUGAUUUAUUAUUGUUAUAAAAUGUUACACCAUUUGGAAGCUACUAAACAUCUACACAUACUAUAUAUACUGCACAUUAUGGAAACAAUGAUGUGAAUGUAAUAGAAAAAUCAACCUCCACCGAGGGGAUUUGAACCAUGAACUCCCAGCACCAGAGUCCAGUGCUGUACCAACUGAGCUACAUACUCCCCCCACAACUGAAACUAUGUCCCGGAGCUGUGGGCCACGGGCAGUUCAACUGUUAUGGGUUCUAACUGGGUUAUAAUUGUAUUCUUGUGUUAAGAACACACCCAGUCCCUACAUCGGCUUCAAAUGUAACAGAAAAGUCAACCUCCACUGAGGAAAUUUGAACAAUGGACUCUCAGCACCAGAGUCCAGUGCUGUACCAACUGAGCUAAUAGGGAAGUUCCCACUAGCUACUGCCAGUAGGAGCACUUUAUACCAACACUACUACAUAAUGUUUUGCAGGCCUCUAAGAAUUGAACAUUUGCGUAAACCAUUUAUGGGUUACACCAACACAAAUUCAGGUAACCCAUUUCGUUUUUAGGUAACCUGUCAUAACCAUGUAAAUGAUGUUAUAUAUUCAAUGCACAAAUAAAAAAUGGGUUACGCAUACUAUACUUACACGAUGGAAGCGCCAAUGAACUUAUCGCCCUCCUAGUUUCCAGAGGCCUGAAUUGUGUACUGUGCAAUACAAACCACUGAAAUAUGAAAUUAAAGAGCUUGCAGUCAGGGUAGACUAUUUUUCAUAAUGCACUUUGGGCAUAAACUACUAAAGUUAUUUCACAGAUUUUAUACAUUUCUGUCUGCUAUAACAGCAAAUGCAAAUAGAUUUACUACUAAUGUAACAGCAAAUCAGUGACAUGUUCUUUUUUGUUUUACUCUUUGGUUUGAACUUAAUUGUGAUAAAUAUUUGCGUUUUUCUUUUAAUGGGUCAAAUACAUGUAUGUAGAGGUAUUUUUAUUUGCUGAAACUGAAUUGAAAAGAAAAGCUUUUUGUUGAGAAAAACAGCAUCUGAUUCAGCUUUUAGGAGAAUUUAAAUUUACCCUGUUAUUUUACCACUAAAAUUAAUAGGUGUCAUUUCAUAAUUCUUUGUUGAAUAUCCUAUUAAUUUCAGGCCUCAGAUUUUCAAAUUUUAUGAGAAACACUUUUUCAGUUCCGUGUUCUGUGAUUGGAAACAGUUUUUAGUUAAUCAUGGUCAUGGUGGAUUUUGUUGGAUGUUAAUGGGCAAGAGACUUUCAGUUCACUGAUUUUGUUUGAUGUUAAUGGGCAAGAGACUUUCAGUUCACUGAUUUUGCAGACUUCAUACCAGAAAUGAUUGUUCCUGUCAAGUUCAGAGACGUAAAUUUGCAAGAUUUUAAUUUUAAUUUUUUUUAGUUAAGACUAAAUAUUUUAUUGUUUUUUUGUAAUUUUUUGGGGGAGUAUUUUCUUGGUUAUUUUUCAGCCAUCAUACACUGUUUAUGUAAAUUUGUAAAACUUUCUUUUAAUUUCUUUGUCUCUCAAGACUAAAAGAUCUGUUUCCGUCAAAUACCUGGGUUAUGUUUUAUGAAACAAUAUUAGCUCUAAGAUCAUCUGAAGUGCACAAGGUAGCUAUAUGCACCUGCAGUUAGGUGAUUUUGGCACGAACAUUGCUCUUAUAAAACAGGCCUGGUGCUUAUAAAACAUUUAGUCUAGACGCAAGACUCUAUUAAUAGAGUGAGACAUGAACGUCAUGGCAAUGCCUUAUAAAUUGUAUGCGUGUGACAUCAUUAGAGAGUCUGGACUCUUAACAUUUUAUAAGCACAAGCCGAGGGCCCUGCUGUCAUAGCUUGAAGAAAUAAUAUGUUUAUAUUUCUUUAUGUAUAUGUCUAUGUAUAUAUAUAUUGAUAUACAGGUAUGCAUGUGAAUAAAAUUUUACAGAUUUUGUUGUCUCAUCUUGUUGAAAAUAAGAUCCAGCAGUUAAGAUCCAGGUUAAUUGUUAGUUUAAACAUAUUUAUUUGUUGCAAUUUAACAUACUUAUUGUUGUAAUUUAACAUAUUUAUUGUUGUAAUUUAAUAAACAGUUUUGGAAUUG